AUGGAUCCAAACAGCCUUGAACUUGUGACCACUGGAAGCUGGCUGAACACAAGCCAGCAGUGUGCCCAGGUGGCCAAGAAGGCCAAUGGCAUCCCAGCCUGUAUCAGCAAGUGUGGCCAGCAGGACCAGGGAAGAGAUUGUCCGCCUGUACUGGGCACGGGUGAGGCUGCACCUCGAGUCCUGUGUCCAGUUCCAGGCUUCUUAUGCAGGAAGGACAUUGAGGUGCUGGAGCAUGUCCAGAGAAGGGCAGUGGAGCUGGUGAAGGGUCUGGAGCACAAGUCUUAUGAGGAGCAGCUGAGGGAGCUGGGGUUGUUUAGCCUGGAGAAAAGGAGGCUCAAGGGAGAUCUCAUUACUCUCUACAACUACCUGAAAGGAGCUUGUAGGCAAGUGGGGGUGAGUCUCUUCUCCCAGGUAACAAGUGACACAGUGAGAGGAAAUUACCUCGAGUUGCGCAAGGAGAGGUAUAGAAUGGAUGUUAGGAAAAAUUUCUUCAUGGAAACGUUUGUCAAACUGUGGAACAGGAUGCCCAGGGAAGUGAUGGAGUCACCAUCCCUGGAGGUAUUUAAAAGGCAUGUAGAUGUGGUGCUUAGGAACAUGGUUUAAUGGUGUACCUGGCAGUGCUGGGUUAGCAGUUGGAUUUGAUGAUCUCAGAGGUCUUUUCCACCCUAAAAUGUUCCAUGAUUCUAAAUAAACUGGGAAAACCACAGAGCUAAAUGCAACUGCAAAUUUCCGUGGAUUAUUUUUGCAUAAAUGAAAACAAU